UUCUGUGAAGUUAUUAGGAGGAGUAAUAAGGAUAAUAGAGAUAGAGAUAGAGAAAGAUGGCUAUUAGAGCUGUUGGCAAGUGGCCAUCCGCCUCUCGAUGCGAUCAUUGAAUUUGGGGAAAGGAGGAAUUUCUACGCCUGUACGGAGACAUAGAUUGUUGUAAUAUAAUACUACUGCUUCUAUCAAAAUCAAGCCCAGAGUUUGUGUUUUCGUUGUUGCAACGCCGAUUUCCAUGGAGCCUGAGUCUGGUAUUUCCCCUCCUCGGAAUCCUACUCAGUUUUCCUGGGCAUAUCUCUCGAGGAACCUAAUACUAGCAUACCAAAGCCUUGGGGUUGUAUAUGGAGACUUGAGUACUUCACCUCUUUAUGUCUACAGAAGCAUAUUCGUAGGGAAGCUGCAGAAUCAUCAAAAUCAGGAAGCUAUAUUUGGUGCAUUUUCAUUGAUCUUCUGGACCCUAACAUUAAUUCCUUUGCUCAAAUAUGUCAUUUUGCUAUUGAGUGCUAAUGAUAAUGGUGAAGGCGGGACAUUUGCUCUUUACUCACUACUUUGCAGGCACGCUAAGUUUGGUUUGCUUCCCAAUCAACAAGCAGCUGAUGAGGAGCUGUCUGCUUACAAAUAUGGCCCCCCAGGACAUUCCACAUCCUCUUUAGCACUUAAGAGAUUUCUGGAGAAGCAUAAAAGGUUGCGGACUGCGCUACUCAUUGUGGUAUUAUUGGGAGCUUCCAUGGUGAUUGGUGAUGGUGUGAUCACCCCUGCCAUUUCAGUUUUAUCAUCAGUAGCAGGGCUUCAAGAAACUGAGCAACAUCUGACCAAUGGUGAAGUGCUAUUUUUUGCUUGUGUCAUAUUGAUUGGCCUGUUCGCUCUGCAACAUUUCGGCACCCACAGGGUAGCUUUUCUGUUUGCACCAAUUGUUAUCAUCUGGUUGAUAUCAAUUUUUUCCAUUGGUCUGUACAAUACCAUAUAUUGGAAUCCGAAAGUUGUGUUUGCUCUUUCUCCACAUUAUAUUGUCAAGUACUUUCGCGAGACUGGUACCGACGGCUGGAUUGCACUUGGAGGGAUCCUUCUCUCAAUAACAGGUACAGAAGCUAUGUUUGCAGAUCUUGGUCAUUUCACUGCCUUAUCAAUAAGGCUGGCAUUUGCAUUUGUGGUAUAUCCUUGUUUGGUAGUACAAUACAUGGGCCAGGCAGCUUUUCUCUCUAAAAACACUUCUUCCAUUCCAAGCAGUUUCUAUCACUCAAUACCUGGUAGUGUAUUUUGGCCUGUGUUUGUUAUUGCUACCCUAGCAGCCAUUGUUGCCAGUCAGGCUAUCAUCACAGCUACUUUUUCCAUCAUCAAGCAAUGCCAUGCUCUUGGUUGCUUUCCGCGGGUCAAGGUUGUCCACACUUCAAAGAAUAUAUAUGGGCAGAUCUAUAUACCGGAAAUCAACUGGACCCUCAUGAUUCUUACACUUGCAAUUGCUAUUGGGUUCCGUGACACAACUUUAAUUGGAAAUGCAUAUGGCCUUGCUUGCAUGACGGUUAUGUUUAUCACGACAUUUCUUAUGGCACUAGUUAUAAUCUUCGUUUGGCAGAGAAACAUCCUACUGGCUGCUGCAUUCCUUCUCUUAUUUUGGUUCAUUGAGGGUCUUUAUCUGUCGGCUGCGUUCAUAAAAGUGCCUCAGGGUGGAUGGGUCUCUCUCCUUCUUGCUUUCGUCUUUAUGGUCAUCAUGUUUGUCUGGCACUAUGGAACACGCAAGAAAUACAACUUUGAUUUGCACAACAAAGUUCCUUUAAAAUGGAUUCUUGGACUGGGGCCCAGCCUUGGUAUUGUGCGUGUGCCAGGAAUCGGUCUCAUAUACUCAGAAUUAGCAACAGGAGUGCCUGCAAUCUUCUCACACUUUGUGACGAAUCUCCCUGCUUUUCACAAUGUGUUGGUAUUUGUUUGUGUAAAAUCUGUUCCAGUACCCUAUGUCUCCCCCGAGGAAAGAUUUCUCAUUGGCCGAAUUUGUCCAAGACCCUACCGUAUGUACAGGUGCAUUGUGAGAUAUGGGUAUAAGGACAUCCAGCGAGAUGAUGGGAACUUUGAGAACCAACUCAUCCAAAGUAUUGCGGAGUUCAUCCAGAUGGAAGCUGUUGAACCACAGUACUCAAGCUCUGAGAACACAUCAUUUGAUGGGAGGAUGGCAGUGAUCAGCACCCGAACUAUUCAAUCGAACUCGACCUUAGUAGUAUCUGAGCAAGAAGUUUCUGGUGCAAGUGACUCCAUCCAAAGCAGCAAAUCUCUAAUGCUGCAGAGUUUGCGAUCUGCAUAUGAUGAUGAGAACCCACAGGUUCGGAGGCGGCAGGUGACAUUUCAACUGUCACAAAGCCCUGGCAUGGAUCCUUUAGUUAGGGAAGAGCUUUUGGAUUUGGUCCAGGCGAAGGAAGCUGGGGUAGCAUACAUAAUGGGACACUCUUAUGUGAAGGCAAGGAGAUCAUCUUCAUUUUUGAAAAAGCUUGUUAUUGAUAUUGGGUAUUCGUUUCUCCGUAAGAACUGCAGGGGCCCUGCUGUAGCACUUAACAUUCCCCACAUUAGCCUUAUCGAAGUUGGCAUGAUAUAUCAUGUUUAGUGAUUUUUGUGAUGUAAGGGUAUUAUUCUCCACAGUCCAAGCUCUUCUUAGACUGAAUCAGUGGGGGAUAUGGAGGGAAUUAGUGCCUUGCCGAUUGGAGAAGGUUGAAGUUAUUUGCAUUAGGAUAAACCAAACCAAACUAAACUAAACCAAGUCUUAUGUCCCUUUCUCAGUUAUUUGCAUUAGGAUCUGGAACAAAAAGAUUUCAUGUAGCUGUUUGAAUUUUUAUUUAUUUAUUUAUAUUUUGCACCUUAUAUGUGUAUAGAAGACAGAGUUUUGAGUUUCAUGUCAACCAAUAAUCUGAGAAUGGAUUGAUUGAUCUGAACAUGGGUUAUUAUUUAUUGCUUCCAGGUUCACAU